AAACGUUUUUAUCUAUAUGAUUAAAUACACAGAAAAAUUUCCUCAACUCUCCCAUCCUUUAGGCCAGCUAUCCCGAUAUAAAAUUUUUCCUGAGACUACCCGACAGCGGAAUGGAUUCGUCGUUCCUCAACCCAACAAUCCAACAUGGCGGAAAAAUCAACUCGCAAGUAGCAUGUCACUUCUUGGUCUUGUUCCCGAUUAUGGAAGUGAUUCUAGCAGUUCUUCUGAAUCUGAUGACGAAGAAACUAGAGUAGAAGGAUGUUCCACAAAUUCUGGUGGCAAUAAAAAUACUGGCAAUGAGCCGAUGGAACCUCUGAUGCCUCUCCCAUUACCAACAUUGGAUCUCAAGACAGAUUCUGUUUCCAACACGAAGGAACUGAACCAACGGACAUACCAGACAUCUUCGGUCUUCUUUAACCCAUUUCUUGCUGAAGAGCAGAAGAAGUUAUCUGUUCUCGAGAAACACGUGCAACUUUCAGAGGGCAAGUCGGAGGAAGACAAACACAAGUCUAAAAAGAUUUGUUUCAAGUUUCAAAAAGGACGAUGCAGGCUGGGUGAUAGAUGUAAGUUUUCUCAUGAUCUGGUGGUUACAGGGACUCCGAGUUCUGAACCUGAAAAGCCGAGAGAGCCUAGCUUAGUGCCAAGUGUUUCUAAUUCCGGGACAAGAUACGAACCAGAUGAAGAAGAGGAGGCCUGGGAGCAGAAAAAGAAGAAACGAAAGCCAGGGGUGAAUGACUCUCUCGUUCCACCGAAGCGGGCAAUGGCUGCUUACGAGAAACAGCGCCUUAAUGACAAGCCUUGGUCACAGUCGUAGUAUUUUUAUUUUGUAGGAUAUAAUUUAUUGUGUUCUGUAGCAGAAGCAAAGACAGGAGGAGGGGAAAUUUUUGGUCCCCCUUGGCAAAAGUCCCACCCCCCUCUUUUGCAACUGGUUUUCUCCAAAGAACCCUAUUGAUACAAGAACAGGGUAUCGAUAAACUAUUUUGAGAACAGUUGGACUAAUGGCAAUGUUUUGCCCUUCAUGUAUGCACCACUUUGCGUCUAAAAGAAGUGAUAAUGUUGAUUAUGAUUGUGAUCCUUUAGGAAUUCUUUAUCAGAAUCAGUAACCUUAAGUGGUGGACAAGAUAUU